CAGGGGUUUUUCUCGCGUAUUUCAGUGUUUUUAACAUUUAUUUGCACCAAUUGGUUGUUCCUAUCAAUUUCCUAUCAGGAAACCAACUAUUCCACGUAAAUUCCGCAAUCUACUUCAGCGCCUUCAGCGCCUUUUUGACAGCGAGUUUGAGCAGCAAACCAAAACAAUCCCGUCCUGAACAAAACCACAAAAUCCCGUCGAUUUUUCCAAAAAUGGAUCGCAUCGAUUUCACGUCCUCCGAUGAUCGCCGACUCUGGUUGGGUAAUCUGGAUAGUCGCAUAACCGAGUAUCAACUACUGAAAAUCGUGCAAAAAUACGGGAAAAUUGAAAAGUUCGACAUGCUGUUCCAUCGAUCCGGACCGCUAGCGGGCUACCCGCGGGGCUAUGCAUUCGUGACCUACGAAAACCACCAAGAUUCACAGUCCGCCUUGAAGCGACUCGAUGGGAAGGUGGUCGGCGAGAAGACGAUUGUCGUGCGAUGGGCCAAACACGUGAACCGGGACGAUGCGGAUCGUAACAAGCCAAAGAUAGAGAUACCUUGUCUGGCCGGUGGCUCCAAGGGUGGCCCGAAUGGACCGGUCAGCCAACAGACGAAGAUACAGGCGCUCGAGGCGAGACUGAAGAUGUUGGAAAGCCGAUCGGACGAUCUGAUCAUCAACCGAACAGCUACCUCCGAGCGUCCGAUCAUCGAACGCUACCAGUACAACAUUCAUCAACCUCAGCGAACCGAUCCGAAGAUGAAACGGUCGCACCAUCCAACUGGCAGUGGUGGCCGUGGCGGUGGCCACCGGAGUGCUCCCUACAGGAGCAACAAUAGACAUUAGGAACU